CGAAACGGUGCAGGUCGUGGAACCUAUAUCAGUUGCAGUCGCGUUCGUAGUCUGUGUGCUCUCCGGAAGAAUGUGGUGUGCACCUUCUGUGGAACAUAACAUUGAAUCAACCUGUUCGGUGCAAUUCGUCGCAUUAUGAGGAAGUGAGCAUGAUUUUCUGGUGAAUUGUUAACUCAAAGUGAUUAUUUGAACAAAGAAGUUACUAGUCCUUCCAUUCAGUUGAAAUCGAAUAUUUAGGUGAAAAGUUGCCAUCCGUGCCUGUGUGAGUCUUCGUGACUCAUUAAUCAGUGUGACAACAGGUGUUUUCCGGUUUCAUCUUUUACUUUCUGCGGGAGAUUUGACCUGUUUCGGAGAAGUGCUGAGGUGAGAUGGUUUAUGCCUGGCGGCGAAAGAAAGUGUUUGGUCAGGAAGAAUAGAAACAAAACGGGAAGUGUCAAGAAAUCAGCGUCGCGAACAAGUUGGAGAGAGUGAUUGGCCCCCAGAGGAGAGUGUAAGAAGAUCUGCCGAGGAAGUGUGGUAUCAAAGUGUGUCAACAGGAUGCUGCGUGUUUGGCGUUUGUACAGUUGAUGAAUGACACAUUUUUCCUAUGUGUAUUUCCAUUUCGUGUGGUAAACAACGAGAAAUGUUGGGCUGUAUUUUGGAUAUGAGAGUCUACGUGUGCAUGUGAUGAAAAAACGGUUGAAGAAAAAAAAAGGUUCAAGAUAAAGUGCCGACAAAGGUUGCCUGCAUCUUGUUGGAAGUGAGGAAGAAGAAUUUUAAUCGAAGUGUCAUUGCUGUGUUGCUACGGUGAAACGACAGAAUUUCCAUCUUGAGCUACUGCAGUGUAUCUGGCUGAAUUACUAUAGCGAAGCGAGACGUAGAUUACAACGAACGGCGAGCAUUUGAUCUGGGAUGCGGUAAGGGUGAUGCAUAAGAAAUAAAGAAGAAAAAACAAACGUGUGAGCCGCUUUUAAGGAUCGAUUUUACAACACUCUGGAUUAAGUGCAAUAGGGUACCGUGAUUUGUUUUGUUGAGGAAUUUCUAAGGAACGCGCGAGGAUUUGUAAGGUAUUCGAAAGCUGAUUGGGAUCCGAACGAACCGUGUGUUGCCGAUACUGGUACAUUGAUACAAAAGGAUUUUACUUGCAAAUAAGGUCAAAUUUGAACCAGAUCGGUGCAAACCAGUUCGUACGCUAGUAGAGCGCCGGGCUAUUUAGAAUCAAUUCACAGUUGUAUAUCGUUGUUCGGCGAGGCGGAAACUAGACAAAAUUGUUUUUUGUUCUUUUAUUUCGCGAUAAUUUAUAACCAAUUUAGACGCGUCUUCAGAGCAUCGAGCCCAGUCAAUUGUGAUAUUUAGUGUUCCCAGGCUUUGCCAAAUGUGCCAAGGUGCUGAAACGAGCAACCCACAGUAUAAAGCUGUUGAUUGAUGGUAAUAGCCGGUGGGUUUUUUUUUACUUGUGGUCACUAUGAACAUCGUCAUCGACUGAGAUCCGAAGAAAAGUGCAAGAUAAAGUGCCGUGAUAAGGUUGGCCGUUUUUGCGAGAUAUGAAAUGAAGUGUACCUGCCAACUUGUUAACGGUAUGGUGAAGCGGAAAUCGUUGCCGCUUCGCAGAUGAUUGGUGAAAUGUUGGAUGAUAGUGUUCUAAUCUUGAUUCUGUGAGAUCGUCUUGCUUGAAGCGAGAGUAAGCAGCAGCUGCUUGGUGUAGUGUUUUUGUGUUCCCUUGAUGUUAACGUGUAACUAAUAGGAUUACUUAACCAGACUGAUUGUGGAUUUCCGAUAGAACGCAAGUGCUAUUGAACUGGAGGAGAUUGAAUGAUACAGCAUAGCAGGGAGCAAUGAAAUGGAAACUAUGUGACUGCGAUGAAUGAAAGGUGAUGAGGAAAGUCAGAGUGCUGCCAGACGCACCGGCUAUGACUGCUCUUCAUAUGACAAACUAGCCACCCGCCACUGUGCACCACAAGCAGAAACCAGAACAAACAACGUGACAGCAACGAACGUCAAACAACAACAUGACCAAAGAAGAAUUAGCACUUUUAGUCACAGCCCGAAUCCCCGCGUCCCCACUUGCCUCCACUAGUUCUGCUACAAUUACAUUAAGCCAUAAAAGGAUCAAUCCAGAUCUAGAACGGCGAACCGCGCACGAAAAGACUCGAAGGGUAGGCAGCGGGGCACGAUCUCGCAAAGCAUCAACGAAGGUGGUCACCGACAUGACGAACCGGACACGGACGACCGCCCGAUGGACAUCGACGACAACGAAGACGGUGGGGAGCAAUCUGCUGCUACCGCGAUUGCUAUUGCUAGCCAUUAUGAUGAUGGUGACCCACAAAGUACACGCGGUAGAAGGCAAGCUGCAACUGUGUGAAGUGGAAACCGGACAGACGAAUAUCAUCCUAGAUAUCGAAGAGAGCCGUGGCAACUUUACUGGUCAACGAACAACGCCUCCUGAGCUUCCAAUCUAUGGUGAUCCAGAAAGCGAGAUCCAACUAGACCUCAACUUCCCUAAGGGCAAUCCAACGUUCACGUUAAGUGGCAAAUCCCUGCAAUUAAUCCAUCCAUUGGAUCGCGAUGAAGAAAAUCUCAGUCACAUAGUCUUCCAGAUAAGCUGUACAAUCCGAUCAACGCGUCGAAGGCGCAAUAUUCCGAUCAUAGUGCGAGUGUCGGAUGUCAACGAUAAUCCACCGAUGUUUAUCAACACACCAUAUGAAACCGUAGUGCCCGAGUCCACACCGGUCGGUACGACCAUCUUCAAGAACGUUCUGGCCCAGGACAAGGACGCCGGUGUCAACGGCCUGGUUGAGUACUUUGUGAUUGAAGGCUCACAGCAGAACAUCUCGGAUAUCUCACCGGAUACGCUCACAGCAGCUGACGGAUACGGAGUGUUCGCGAUUGCCUACCCGCAUCAAGGACAGGUCACCGUCAUUAAAACGUUGGAUUACGAGCGCAUUCAGCGAUACUACCUGAUGAUUGUCGCAUCGGACCGGUCCCGCAACGCAUCGGAGCGACUAUCGGCUACAACUACCCUUACCAUUGAUGUUGCCGAUUCGGAUGAUCAGGAUCCGUCCUUUAUCUAUCGAGGGUGUGUGCUGCUGGACGGUGCCUGUCUCAAUCCGGAAUACAUCGCUUCCGUCCCAGCUGGAACUCUACAAGGCGUCCUUACCGUUACUCCGGAGCGAAUACAAGCCAUCGACCUGGACACGAUCAGUGCGCCUAUCCGAUACUCAUUCCUUAGUGGAAUCCCAGGUAAUUACGAUGACUACUUCGAAAUAGAUUCCCAAACGGGAGUGUUGAAGCAAACCAAACUGGUGGACUCGUCUGUAACAGCGAAAAAGUACGAUAUUAUCGUGAAAGCAGAAGAGGUUUCAGAAACGAAACGAUUUGCAACGGCUAAGCUUACCAUUCACGUUAAACCAAUAGACGCAUACCCUCCUGUUAUCGGCAUCACAUCAACAGAGGGAUAUGUUGAUGAAAAUUCUCCAAUAGGAACAACCGUAACAGACUCUAAAGGAAACCCGAUAAAACUAAUCACGACCGAUGCAGAUGCUGCAUCCGAAAACGAACAAGCCGAAUACAUCUACGAAGUUACGACUCCCUCCUUUGUCGUGUCCAAGAACGGAAUUCUUCAGGUUAACGAAGAAGGUUUGGACCGGGAUCCACCCAGUCAGGGAAAGUACAGAUUUCAAGUGGUAGCCCGUGAAGCAAAUGGAAACGCAGCAAGUGCACCAAUGAGUUUGACGGUUCACCUGAAAGAUGUAAACGACAAUGCUCCAAAAUUGGCCAUGGUACCUCUGGUUAGCUUGACUGCAGGAGAUGGUCGACGAUUGGUAACUAAGGUGACAGCAACUGACAAUGAUUCCGGAGAAAAUGCUGUUAUUACAUAUUCCAUCUUUCAUGUUUCAAACAAUGGAGCCAACAAAUUUGGCAUGGAUCCAAAGACCGGUGAGAUUGAAACUAGAGCGAGAUUAAACGCCGGUGAACAGUACAGUAUUACAGUUCAGGCUUCCGAUAUUGGAGGUUUAUCUUCGCAAGCUAUUGUUGAAGUCUCAGUGACUCCAGGGCCGAAUACAAAGCCCCCAAGGUUCGUGAAACCAGUGUACGACGUACAGGUUAGCGAGGGAGCCGAAAUCAACUCUACUGUCAUAGUUGUGAAGGCUGAGGAUCCAGAAAACGAUCCAGUAAAAUACGCCAUCACCACAGGAAAUGAUCUACGGCAGUUUUCGAUCGGAAAAGAAAGUGGAGUUAUCAGCGUCAUUCGGAAACUUGACAGGGAAGACUUAACGAGGUACCAACUGAUCAUCAGAGCUGAAGAUAGUGGGGGUCUGGCUAGCAGUGCUACUGUCAACAUCAAAGUUACUGACAUUAACGAUAAAAAUCCAGAGUUCGACGAAAGUCUGCUGCCAUACGUGUUCACCGUAGACGAAGGAAGAGAGAACGCCGUAAUUGGAAUUGUUCAUGCCACCGACGCAGAUGAAGGCAUGAAUGCUGAAAUAACAUACACGAUUCCAUCUGAUAUACCAUUCAAAAUCAACUCUCGAACGGGGGAGAUUAGAACAAAGUCUCAACUAGAUUACGAGAAGCAGACAGAAUACAAGUUUGUAGUUACCGCGCAGGAUGGCGCGCCAGAACCACGACUGGGAACAGCAAGUGUAACCGUCAAAGUACGAGACAUUCCUGAUGAGGUUCCUAGGUUUCUGGAGUCAAUGAUCGAAGUCAAGAUCCCGGAAAAUGUACCAGAUAUGGUUGUCACAACUGUACGAGCAUUUGAUCCCGACACGAAACCAGAAAUUACCUAUGUAUUGAAACGAGGUCCUGGUGAUUUAUUCAAGAUUGAUGCAAGGACAGGAUUGAUCAAAACUAUUCGUGGAUUAGAUUACGAAAAGGAUAAGAUUCAUGAACUAAUUAUAGGCACGGUAGAAAACAAUGGCACCAAUCCAGGAGAUUACAUUAAAAUAAUGAUCGAAGUAGAAGAUCGCAACGACAUACCUCCUGUUUUUGUAUCGAUUCCGGAACCAAUCAAUGUCAACGAUGACCUACCAAUUGGUACGAUUGUAGGCUCGAUGCCAGCCGUGGAUGGCGAUGGCUCAUCGCCUGGCAAUGUGGUUCGCUACGAAAUGGUUGGCCGAGGAAAGGCCUUAAAAUACUUCCAGGUAGAUGCAGACUCCGGUAUAGUUCGCAUUCGUGACGAGCUCAACAAAGAGGAUGAUACAGAAUACUUGGUUGAUGUACGUGCUUACGACAUGGGAGAACCUCAGUUAAGUUCGGUCGCAACCCUACCAAUCUACGUCAGUCACAUCCCAGCUAAUCCAAAUGACUCUGCGGAAUCGCGAGUUGAUGCCGGAGGAAUCGUUAACCUUGAAGUACAAGGUCUUGCCUUCAGUGACGACAGCUACAGUACGAGCGUUCCAGAGUCUACAGGAAUCAACGCCACCAUCAAGCUUAUCCAAAUUAUUAAUUCUAAGAAGGCUACCAAACACAACGGAGGAUUCCGAUGUGAAAUAAUCAAAGGAAAUAACUUCAAUUUGUUCCGGAUCAGUAUUGAAGAUCAUGCUUGUGCGUUGGUGUUAAAUGGACCUCUGGACUACGAAAAAGCAUCUAGUCACAACCUAGAGGUUCGCCUGGUAUCCAACAAAUAUUUUGUAAACCAGCAUAAAAAUUUUGCUCAGCUCAAAGUCAUUGUUCAAGAUGACAACGACAACAUCCCUAUGUUCCAAUUCCCUGUAAGCUACCAGCAGGGAGUUCGUAACGACACCUAUUACACUGUGAUCAGUGCUGAAGCCGAUAUGGAUACGCCACUGAUUACAGUAAAGGCAGUAGAUAAAGACGCAGGUGUUUUCGGACAAAUAAAAUAUAAUAUUUACGAUGAAAAAGUAAACGAAAUCCCAAAUGACGACUCACCUAGUUCGUUCUUCACUAUCGGUGAGGACAACGGAAUGUUGAAGACCCAAAAGAGAUUUCAAAAUGUAAAACAAACUCCACUGGUACUUAUCGUAGAAGCUCGGGAUAACAACGGUGAUCCGUUGGCAGGAGUAGUGCACAAAGCGAAGGCCAGGGUUGUAGUAAAUCUGAUCUCAGACAUCAACCGCAUGGCGCUGGUGUUUUCCGAUUCCGCUCCCAAGGAUGUGAGAAGACAUGUAAGAGCAUUGGAAGAGUUGCUGCAUGAAAAAUCUACAGGUCUCAUAACCGGAAUCGAGCGGUUCAGCAUUAGAAAGAUUCUUAACGAAAAUGGAACGGUUGAGGAAAUCAAUGGAGCAACUGAUGUUUGGUUCUAUGCUGUGGAUCCAAUGUCAGAGCGAAUCUUGGCACGUAAUUCUACGUCGGUUAUGAGUACUAUCUUGACUCCAACCGUUUUGUCGCAAAUUAAUUUCGAAGCAUCCAGCAUAGCACGAGCGACAGCUCAGGGCAUCUUUGGUCCAGUCGAACCAAAACAACAAAUUCAAAAAGUUAAAGCAGCAGUAGUCGUUAAUGACGAUGUCUUUCCGUAUGCUCUCAUAGCUGUUGCGGUAGUAAUACUUAUUCUUGGAUCGAUUGGAAUCGUCUAUAUUUGUAUAUCCUGGUCAAAAUAUAAAAAUUUCAAACAGCGUAUGCGCCAAUAUAAUGCCCCUGCUAGCCCUGUACGCUACGAUCCCGUUAUAAUCAACUCCCAAGCCCCAGCAGCAGAAAACCAAACUAGCCUAAAAGAGUACGAAACCCAGGUACUUGCAAUGGCUGUCCCUGUAGACGAAGGCGACGACCUUCAGCUAGAUUUUAGCGCCAAGAACCAUGCCUUCAGUCUGGACAACGUUAGCUACAUCACACACAAGGAAAACGGUCAACACAGUCCUACGAACUCCGACGCGACGACCGCUGUUGUGGGUACUUUACAUCGCAACAACAAUAACAACACCAAAAACAAUAACAACCUGAACAUAAACAAUCGACAAAAUACCCUCAAUCGAACUCUUGAGAUGAAUCGUAACAACUACCUGAAUCCAUUAGGUUCUGUCAGCAACGGAACACUACCGGGGACGCUGACCUUAGGGCGGAUAAAAUCCGAGAGAAACAAUUACAUCAAUGGCUACGGGGAUACCCUCAACAGAAACAACCUGUCGAUGGCCCAAAAUAAUACUUUCAACACGUUGGGCCGAAACCAUCGGAACAAUAACACCAACAGUAGCAACGUCAAUAACAUAAACCACCACCAUCACAAUCACAACCACAAUGGUACCGGAAAUGGGACGGAGAUUGUUACUAAUACGCUGGGAAGGAACAAUCGCUACACAUCGGACGUGCCAAUCAGUAAUCCCCUUUUCCACAUUCGGCAAAACGGAGAUCUGCAGUCUCAGCCCCAGCUCAACCAUACAAGUCCCACCAACGAGAAUGUAACCUUUGGUAAAAGAGACUAUAACCAACUUCCAUUCUCCUACCUUAACGAUCUGGAUCGAUCGGAUGCAGAAACGACUACUGAACUAUAGGUUUUAAUAAAAAUUAAAAUUAUCAACACUCCAACGACCACCGAAGAAAUUCGUUUUCUCACCAAAACGGCUAACCAAGUCAAUGGUCUGCGGAGAAGAAAGAAUGGUGAGAACAAAAUUUACAAUAAAAGUUCAAAUUUGUGAGAAGCCAUCCUGGAACGAAUGUGUAGAUCAACUGCCUUUUGAGUUAGUGUAUAGAUAUUUUAACCGUUGUUUUAUUUUUGUUAUGUCGUAAGAUUUUACCUCUAGAUAGCUGCAAUAUUUUUAUUUGUUUUCAAUCUUUUUUUUUACAUUUAUGUAAACCUAUGUGGCAUUUUUCUAUAUAAAUAUCUACACGAUUCUUAACAAUCUAGUUUUAUAUACAUAACACUAUCCCUUUCUUAUCACUGAGUCGAUUAACUGUGACAUUCAUAUUUAUAAAGAAACCCGAACGAAUGAAAUAUUAUAAAAAGUCUGCUUCUUUGUAAAUAGUAAGGAUAUUGCGCUUAAA